AUGAGAAGCAGGGCAGUUUUCACUGCCAUAGCUAGGGCUGCCAGGCUAUUUGCUCCCAAGGUCGACCAAGCACAAUGGAAGAAGAGGAAGCAGAUGUACAAGACAUGGUUGUUCAACAACAAGAAAAAGAAGGAGAGAAAGGACAUGAUAAAGUAUGGUAGGAAAUGGACUCCUAGGCAGGUGGUCUACCAGCAGAAGCGGGAGGAGGCGGCUGUGAAGAGAGUCAUGGCCGAAUUGUCCGGUGAUGAGUUGGAGAAGGCGAAGGAAACAGCCGAAGAAUGGUCGACCAACUUCCCGCCUCCCGAGAUACAAGCACAAGUGGCUCGUAAGAAGGGACCGGCUUAUAUGGAGCACUUUUCGAAGGAGAUGUGGAGGCAAUGCGGGAUGAGAGUGUUUGUGAUGUCGGCGUGGAAGAAUGAACAGGGAGAGGUGCUGUUCGGGAUGCACGAUGAUAACGAGGCGUUAGGAGAUGGGGACAGUUUCAUGAAGACGAAGGACUGGGAGGACAUCGAGCCAGUUUGGCAGGAGUGCCGGGGCACGGACGGAGGGCGACAGGUGAAGGGAGGUCGAAAGAGAAUCAGGAAGCCUGCUUUCGAACUCGAGACCGACGGGGAUGGGAUGCCGUUGCUUCCAGACAUCACCGAAACAAAACUCGAGGAGAAGAAAGCCAUAGUCAGAGCAUUUCUUACAUCUCACUAUCGUAUCUGUUCCGGGAUCGAAAAGGCAGUCGUGCCAUGGAGCGCCAUCGUACAAAGUCAGGAUGACUUUGUGGCAAGACAGUAUGUUCCGGCGGAUGUGGACUUGAAGGAGCCAUCAAAGCUGCAACAUUGGGACACGACCGCCCUACUGAACUUCUGGUAUGCUCGGCAGGAGGAGGCAAAGGUGAUGACGGCAUUGGAAGGUAGAUCCCCGCGAAAGAGACGCAGAGCAGAGCCUGGUCCUUCGACAGCACAUGAAGGGACAGAGGUCCCACAUGCAAUUCCAAAGGCCUCGCCCGGUCAAUGCAGGGAGAUCGAGUGCACUGCUGACAUCGCGAAUGGGCGACCUCCUGGCUGGACUGACUGA